AAAUACCAAUUUUGGGAAUUAAUGAAUUAAAGGAAGUAAGAAAAGAAAAGAAAGGAAAAAGAAAAUGGUGGUGCCCUAACCUCCGUCAUCUUCAGUUGCCGGCGACACACAACAAACCCUCUAGCAGCAGCGUCGACCACGAACUCACCGAAGACCAGUCCUCGCGUAUCAGACGAUUCAGACCGAUCUUCGUUUGCUCCACUUUUGACGGCAGAGCUAGCCUGCGAUGUGAACACCCAGUUCGAACAAGUUUCAUAGCAUUGUUUCUUCUCCGUUUGAGACUCCAACGUGAACAGAAAAUUGUGCAUUACAAUUUCGACGGCUGGGUGUCUGAAAACAGCGUUUUUGACCUGGGAUCUACAAGUUCGGACGUUUUCAUGCACCAACCAGGAAGGUUUGGAUUCUUUUCGGAAUGGUUCGGCUUUCUAAAAGUUAAUGUUCGUUCAAGGAAGUGGAUUUUCAGAUUGAGAAUGGUAGGGUGUUCGAGAUGAAAAAGGGCAUUCUGAAGCAUGUAACAAACUAACAAUUAUUAUGAGUUGAAGGUUUGACCCAAACAAUGGCAAAGUCUUAAGAUCUUCAUACCUUGUACAGGAUUUGGUUUAUUUAUGGAAAUGUCCAACGACUCAUCGAUCAAGAAACCGAAGAGGUUGACUUCAGUAGUUUGGAAUCAUUUUGAGAGGGUUAGAAAGGCCGACAUUUGUUAUGCUGUUUGCGUCCAUUGCAACAAGAAACUUAGUGGCUCAAGUAACAGUGGGACCACCCAUCUAAGAAACCACUUGAUGCGAUGUCUAAAAAGAUCCAAUUACGAUGUUUCUCAACUACUUGCGGCCAAGAGAUUAAAAAAGGAUAGUUCAAGUGGUCUUGCAAACAUCGGCUUUGAUGAGGGGCAAAGAAAAGAUGAGUUUAAAUCAGCAAUUGUGAAAUAUGAUCCAAAUCAGAGAAGGGAUGAAGUAGUCACCAUUGCAAGCAGCAAGUUUGAUCAGGAGCGGAGUCAGAAUGAUCUUGCUCGUAUGAUCAUAUUGCACGGUUAUCCAUUGUCUAUUGUUGAGCAUGUAGGGUUUAAAGUUUUUGUCAAAAACGUUCAACCUUUGUUUGAGGUAUUACCCAAUAGCACUGUUGAGCUUUCUUGUAUGGAAAUCUAUCAGAAGGAGAAAGAGAAGAUUUUCGAAACUAUUAAUAGAUUGCCGGGUAGAAUUAAUGUUUCUGUUGAAAUGUGGUCCUCAUCAGAAAAUAUUGAUUAUUUAUGCCUGACUGCACAUUAUAUUGACGAGGAUUGGAAAUUACAAAAGAAGCUUUUGAAUUUUAUCACACUUGAUUCUUCUCAUACAGAGGAUAUGCUCUCCGACGUGAUUAUUAAAUGCUUGGUGGAUUGGGGCAUUGACUGUAAGCUAUUUGCACUGACAUUUGAUGAUUUUUCAACCAAUUACGAGAUAAUUAGAAGAAUUAAAGAACACAUCUUGAAGAAAAGGUCUCUUUUGAGUAAUGGUAGUUUAUUUGAUGUAUGUUCUGCCGCACAUACCAUAAAUGCAAUCGCUAAAGACGUGAUAGAAGCUAUGCGAGAGGUUAACCAAAAGAUCCGAGGGAGUUUUAAAUAUAUCAGAAGUUCACAAGUCACUCAAAGGAGGUUCAAUGAGAUGGCUCAUCAAGUUGGGAUCACCAGUCAGAAGAUAUUGGUCCCUGACAAUCUUGGUCAAUGGAAUUCAACAUAUUUCAUGCUCGAGACAGCUGUGGAAUACAAGGGUGCAUUUAAUCUUCUACAAAAGCAUGAUUCUCAUUAUGCAUCAGCUCUUACUGCUUUGGAGUGGGAGUGGACAACUGGCGUUGCUGAAUAUUUGAAACUUUUUGUCGAAAUUGUGAACAUCUUCUCGAGCAACAAAUCUCCUACGGCAAAUAUAUAUUUUCCUGAGAUGUGUGAUGUUCACAUUCAAUUAAUAGAGUGGUGUAAGAGCUCGGAUAGUUUUCUCAACUCCCUUGCAUCGAAAAUAAAGGCCAAGUAUGAUAAAUAUUGGAGCAAAUGCAGUCUGGCCUUGGCAGUUGCAGCAGUUCUAGAUCCAAGGUUCAAAAUGAAAUUGGUCGAGUAUUACUAUUCGCAGAUUUACGGUAGUAUGGCCUUGGAUCGUAUCAAGGAAGUUUCUGAUGGUAUCAAGGAACUUUAUGAUCAAUAUUCAAUUUGCUUUUCGAUGGUCGAUCAAGGUUCGCGUGGAAGCGGUUUACCUGGGAUGGACAAUGACUCUAGGGACAGGCUAAAAGGCUUUGACAAGUUUCUUCAUGAGACUUCCCAAAGUCAAAGUGUGAUGUCUGACUUGGACAAAUAUUUAGAGGAACCAGUGUUUCCUCGAAACUGUGAUUUCAACAUAUUAAACUGGUGGAAUGUCCACACACCAAGGUACCCGAUCUUGUCCAUGAUGGCUCGUGAUGUUAUUGGCACUCCAAUGUCAAGCAUUGCACCCGAGUUUGCAUUUUGCACUGGAGGUCGAGUCCUCGAUCGCUAUCGAAGUUCCUUAAGCCCCGAUACUCGUCAAGCUUUAAUAUGCGCACAAGAUUGGCUUUGUAUAGAACUUGAAGAUCCAAGACCACUGUCCACCGCUUCGUACAUACCACUUCUGCUCGGAACCAAUUAACUGUACAUAAUAGGUGCCUGGCGUCAUGUAAAUAUCUUACUCAGUUUCUUCCUCAGUCCAUUGUUUAGGUUGAUGGAUCUGUUAGUGUAUACAAUGGCUUCUGAUUGCUCUCGACGCCAUAGCCUUGUCUAAAUGAGCUAUGCUGUGCGUGGGUUUUGUUUCUUCUGAAUUUUUGUCUAUAAAUCAGAUAAUGGCAAAAAUUUGUAUAUUUUGAUAUGCUGGUAAUAAGAAUUGUAAAUAUCCGGAUCAGUGGUGUCUUAUGGGUAAGGAUGACCAUUUGAAAAGGUUCAAUCUUGUA